GUCGAUUGUUUAAAAUGCUACAUUUAAAGGACUCCUAAUUGUCCCGGAGCAGAAACAGUUACAGGGCCUGCGUUUUCGCAAAGGUCCGUCAAGAUUAUUAUUUCCCAGACGAUUUUCUGUUUGGAGCAGCAACUUCUGCCUACCAGGUCGAGGGCGCUUGGAAUGUAUCAGGUAAAGGAGAAAGUAUUUGGGAUCGUUUCACCCACACUCACUCAGAUUGGGUAGCGGAUCAUUCAACUGGCGAUGUAGCCUGUGAUUCUUAUCACAAAUACAAAAGGGACGUUGAAAUGUUGAAAGAAAUCAACUCUCAGUUCUACAGAAUUUCUUUGUCCUGGACUAGAAUUUUGCCUAAUGGCGGCAACGACACUAUUAAUCAAGACGGAAUUGACUACUACAAUAACCUAAUCAAUGAAUUAUUGGCGAACGAUAUCCAACCUUUCGUUACCAUUUACCACUGGGACCUUCCACAAGUACUUCAAGAAACUGGCGGAUGGGUUAAAGACGAACUCAUAGAUUAUUUCUUACAAUUCGCCAGAGUUGCAUUCGAAAACUUCGGAGACAGAGUUAAACACUGGAUGACUUUCAACGAGAUCAAUCAGAUCUGCGAAGCCGGCUACUCCGAAGGUUCAUUCGCUCCAAAUAUUGUCAAUAAAGGUAUUGGCGGCUACGAGUGCACACACAGAGUACUGUUGGCACACGCCAAGGCUUACAGAAUGUACGACGAAGAAUUCCGACCAACUCAAAAUGGUUCUGUGGGAAUCGCUAUUGACACCUACUUCCACGAGCCAAGGGACCCAAAUUCCGAAUCCGACAAACAAGCUGCUGAGGUUGCACUUAUAAUGAACUACGGCUGGUACGCAAACCCAAUCAUGCUUGGAAACUACCCAGAAUACAUGAUCGAAAGAAUCAGGAACUUAAGUUUGAUUGAGGGCAGAAAUAAGUCGCGUCUCCCCGAGUUCACACCUGAACAGGUGGAGUUGGUAAAAGGAACGUACGACUUCCUCGGAUUGAAUCACUACAGCUCCGACCUUUCCUACUUUGCUGGACCCAAUGAUGGUGACAACCCUUCUCACUGGAGAGACGUUGGUGUACAAGGUUAUCAACCUGAUGAGUGGGGACAAUCAGCUUCCGGUUGGCUCCGUGUUUACCCAGACGGUCUUAGAGGCAUUCUGAUUUGGAUCAAGGAGAACUACGGCAAUCCUCCAGUUCUGAUUACCGAAAACGGUUUCUCAGAUCUCGACGGAUUGGAGGACGACGGCAGAAUUAAUUAUAUCCAAGAAUAUCUGUACGCCACACUUGAGGCUAUUCAUGAGCACCAGUGCAAUGUUAUUGGUUACACAUAUUGGAGUUUAAUGGACAAUUUCGAAUGGAACACCGGAUACACGCAACGAUUUGGACUUUACCAUGUGAAUUUCACAGAUCCAGAGAGAACGAGGACACCGAAAAAAUCGUCGCUUGUUUACAAGAAUAUUAUUGACACAAGACAUAUUGAUUGGGAUUUUGAACCAAGCAAAAAAUAAUUUAUUUAUUUUUAAUAAACACUUUAAACACUA